AACAUACCCAUUCAGCGCAUUCAUUCUAAGUGCUGUGAACCCGAUCACGACAAACGCCCAUCAAUUAGCAACGUCCUCCAAGACCUUGAUCAGACCGGCUAGGCAUCCCUUCGUUUUCGGACGAGGUGGUCCUUCUCCCAACUGUUGCCAUUCGUGUUUCAAACGGGGCGGGUGCCCGCGUUGAUGCUUCUAAUAACAACGAGCUUCCAUCAUUCCCAAUAUCUUCCGCUGCUGCGACAGGCUGGAAUACGCUUGACGAUCAUCCUAGCAGUCCCGCUGUAUCUCCCGAGCUGCGAACGAGCUUAAUGCGCCAAGCACUAGACGUUGGCGCUGUGGGUUCAGUAGGGGUUAUAGGAAUUGAUUCUAGUGUAGGGACUGACUCAUACGUUUCUUUGGAUGGCCUAGUGCCUUCCAUGCCAGCUAAAAUCCUUGUGGUCCCUAAUACCUAUGACUCGGCUGUGACGGAUGACUUGUUCUCUUACGUGACUCGACCGUCCCAAGAGACAGUGACAAUGGCGACCCAGAGCUUGGAGGGUCCAUCCUCUUACAACGAUGUCUCCGGCUUGAUCGCAUCCAAUCCCGUUCCCAAGGCCCGCUUCUUAGUACCUCCGACUCCAUCUGCUGAGACUCAAAAGGACCUCAUCUUCUACUACUUUUCGCGGAUAUCACAGAUACAGUACAUCUAUGAUCGCACCUCGGUCGAAAUAAUGCAUUCGCUCAUCACUAAAAAUCCACACGGGUGUGUUGCCAGCGCUAUCAUCGCGUUGUCAUCAUUGCAUGACGCGCGGAUGAGGGCCGCUGCAGAAGGAUGCAGAAUUGGUCAUUUGCGGCCGUCCAAUUCACAUGAGCUUUAUUUCAACAAGGCGCAGAAUAAGCUUAAUUCAGUAGUUAAGAGUGGCCGUUCCUUGACUGAGGAGGCCAUCGCGGCACUCCAUCUGGUCUCCUAUUGGCUGUUCCAAGGUGGCUGGCAAAGCGGGAAAGGCGGAGGUCCAGGCUGGCUCGAAGCCCUCAAUGUGGCGUGCGAUUGGUUUGAGAAACAUAGCGGUAGCGGUCCAGAGCUACUCAAGACGAUAUACAAUUUGAGCCCAGAAGGUCGCUUUGCUGCCCGAACAACCAUGUGGAUGGACAUUUUCUCGGGAAUAGCUCUUCUUCGUCCACCACGAUUUUCUGGCUUAUAUGAGCAUCUUUUGUACUUCUGCCCGCGUCAAUCAGACUUUUUCCAGUGGACGCACGGAUGCUGUGAUGAGGUGAUGUUUUGCCUCUCAGCUAUCGUCAACUUGGAGCAUAACAGGUACCACGAUGAGUGCACCACAAUGGAGCCUCACGAUCGCGAAGUUGCACGCAGCAGUUUUAUUCUUCGCUCAUACAAACUUCGGACACAACUCCUCUCGAUCAAUUGUUCGACUAAGCCGGUUUCGGUGCUUUUCACUGAGCCCUUGUCUGCAUACCCUUUCACCCAUGGCACUCCCAACACGCCGGACAAGUGUCCUACUUCCGAAUUCUUCCGCCAGGCUGCACUCCUAUACUUAAGCACGGUUACUUCUGGAUACUCUCCUUCUGUGCCGCACACUCAAGACGCCAUCGUAGCACUGAAGCUAGCAGUGGAAGCUAUACCAGUCAGCAUGGCAAACAGGGUCGACAGAAGCUUAGUAUUUCCGAUUUGCCUGGCUGGAUGCAUGACGGAUGAUCUGAAUUUGCGUGCGUUCUUCGGUGGACGACUGAGAAGCUUAGGUAACGCAGUGGGGAGCCACAUUACCGCGCUCCAGUUGAUGGAAGCUGUUUGGGAUAUGAGGGAUUCAACGGGUGAGGCUGUGGCUUGGAGGGAUGUGAUGAACGAGAUGAAGUUCGAAUUAUUGAUGGUUUGAUGGUGCCCCAGGUGUGCGUCAUAAUGCUUCAGGUGUCUUUGUUGCUUCGACGUGACUUCUGGAUAUUAUUUCUUUUCCUGUUAGCUGGGAGAACAAUUCGAUCCCCUGCUUGUUUCC